AUGAGGAAAGAAACCAUGACCCACUCGCACACCUUCGGCGGCUACGCCGGCGAGCGCCCCAUCACGCGCCACGACCUCAAGCACGCCACGCGCAUCGUGGUGAAAAUGGGCACGAGCGUCGUGUCCACCAACGGCGAGCCGGCACUGGGCCGCAUCGCGUCCAUCGUGGAGCAGGUGUGCAUGCUCAAGCGCCAGGGCAAGGAGGUGCUGCUGGUCACCAGCGGCGCCGUGGGCAUCGGCCGCAAGCGCCUCAACAAGCAGAUCCUGCUCUCCGCCUCGCUGCGCACGCACGUGCAGGGCAACCAGCAGAUGCUGGCGCUCGAGAAGAAGAAGGGCGCCAUGGCCGCCGCCGGCCAGAUCGGCCUCAUGUCGCUCUACGAGACGCUCUUCUCGCUCUACGACGUGGCCUGCUCGCAGGUGCUCGUCACGGCCUCGGACUUCAAGACGGCCCAGAACCGCGCCAACAUGCGCGACACCAUGCUCAACCUGCUCGAGCUCGACGUCGUCCCCAUCGUCAACGAGAACGACGCGGUGAGCGCGUCCCCGGACGGCACCGUCUUCACGGACAACGACUCGCUCGCUGCGCUGGUGGGCGGAGAGAUCGAUGCCGACCUGCUCAUGCUGCUCACGGACGUGGAGGGCCUGUACAACAAGCCCCCGAGCCAGCCUGGCGCCAAGAUCAUCUCGGUCUUCCGCCCCGAGAACGCUGACUUCAAGAUCGGUGAGAAGUCCAGCGUCGGCCGCGGCGGCAUGGGCGCCAAGAUCGAGGCGGCCCAGUCUGCUAUCUCGCAGGGAGUGAACGCCGUCGUGAUCGCUAGCGGCAUGAAGUACGGCGUCGUCGCUUCCAUCAUGAAGGGCGCCAGCCUCGGCACGCUCUUCGUGGCCAACCCGGGCGUCGAGUCGUCGGACUGCAUGUCUGCGGAGGAGAUGGCAAACGCCGCUCGCGAAGGCUGCCACCAGCUGCAGGCCCUGUCCUCGGAGGAGCGCGCCAACAUCCUGCUCCGUAUCGCGGAUGAACUUAAGAAAAACAGCAAGACUAUCCUGAACGCGAACCGCAAGGAUCUGCUGGCGGCGCAGAAAUCCUCGAUCGACGAGGGUCUGCUGGCGCGUUUGAAGCUGUCGGAGGAGAAGCUGGAGACGCUGGCUGACGGAAUCCGCAGCAUUGCCGAGGCCGAGGAGCCGAUCGGCCGCAUGCUUAAGCGCACGGAGCUUGCAUCCGGUCUUGUCUUGCACCAGGAGACGGCAUCGAUUGGCGUGCUGCUGGUGAUUUUCGAGAGCCGCCCCGACUCGCUGCCUCAAAUUGCUGCGCUGGCGCUGCGCAGCGGCAACGGGCUGCUCCUGAAGGGUGGCAAGGAGGCCCUACACAGCAACGCCGUGCUGCACAAGAUCAUCGUGAGCGCCGUGGAGGAGGCCACGAAUGGCAAGGUGAAGAAGGACGUCAUCGGUCUCGUGACGUCCCGCGAGGAAAUCUCCGACCUGCUGCGCCUGGACGAUGUAAUCGACCUGUGCAUCCCGCGUGGCUCGGGCUCCAUGGUGAGCUACAUCAAGAAGAACACGCGCAUUCCGGUUCUCGGCCAUGCUGAGGGUGUGUGCCACAUGUACAUCCACGGCGCUGCUGAGGUCAAGAAGGCCAUCGAGCUUGCAGUUGAUGCCAAGACGGAUUACCCGGCUGCUUGCAACGCUCUGGAGACUCUUCUGAUCGAUGAGUCCCAUGUGACCAACGGACAGAUCAAGGAGAUUCUGGCUGCACUUGAGGAGGCCGGAAUCAACCUGCACGUCGCUCCCAACGCUGCGAAGCUGGGAGUCGCCACCGUCAAGUCGCGUCCAACCAACUCGCUCUCUACCGAGUACGGCACAAAGGACCUUACCAUUGAGGUGGUCAACGGUGUUGAUGCUGCAAUCUCUCACAUCAACCAGUACAGCAGCGGCCACACGGAGUGCAUCGUCACCGAAGACGCGGUGGCGGCGGAGCAGUUCCAGCAGAUGAUCGACAGCGCGUGCGUCUUCCACAACGCCAGCACUCGCUUCGCUGAUGGCUACCGCUUCGGCCUGGGUGCCGAGGUGGGUAUCAGCACUGGUCGCAUCCAUGCCCGUGGCCCAGUAGGAGUCGAGGGUCUGCUCACGACUAAGUGGAAGCUUGUGUCCGAGAGCGGCCACACUGUUUCGCAGUUCUCGGGCGCCAAGAACGACCACCCUCUCAAGUACACGCACAAGAAGCUGGAGCUGAUCCAGAAGGAGGCAAAUGUCGCCCGCCCGCGGAGUAGCCGGCUAUAAGCGCCACCUCUAAUGACUUCUAGCGGUGCGUACCUAGCUAACUAAAGCAACAUCCCACAAAAUACGCUUGAAUUGAAUCGAUAUCGUCUAUUUGGCAAAGCAAA